GCGCCUUGUUGGGGGGGUGCCGGCGGCCGGGGCGGGGCCUCGCGAGCGCGAGCGCCAGAGAGGCCGGAGAUGUCGCUCCCCGAGGAGACGCUGCUGCUGGUGGAGCACCGCUACGUCUGCUCCGAGUGCUCUCACCUGUCUCCGUCGCUGGAGGAGGCUCUGCUGCACCACCAGCAGCACCUGCAGCCCCCGGCAGCGCCGGCGGCGCCGCGGUGCAGCCCCCCGCCCCCUCCCCUGGAGCUGCUGGGCGUCCCCCCGGAGCUGGAGCCCCCCAGCCAGUUCCAGUGCCUGGAGUGCGGCGCGCUGCUGGUGACGCCGGGGCAGCUGCUGGAGCACCAGGAGCUGCACCUCAAGCUGCUGGAGCCGCCCCGCGCCGCGCCCGCCGCCGCCGGCGCCGCCGCCAUCCACUUCGAGUGCCCCGAGUGCCGCGCGCUCUUCCAGAGCCAGGAGCUGUGGCUGGCGCACCGGCAGGGCCACCGCGCCGCGCCGCGCCCGCCGCGCGUCGACCUCGACCACUCCUACCGCAAACCCGAGGACGGCGGCGCCGAGAGCGCCGAGGCGCCGGCCGGCGACGCCGUGCAGCUGCUCCUGUACGAAUGCGGCGAGUGCCUGCAGCUCUUCCAGAGCCCCAAGGACUUCCUGGAGCACCAAUCCACGCACCUGGCGCCCUGCCCCGCCCAGCCGGCGCCCGCCGCGCCGCCGCCGGCGCCGCCGGAGCUGCGCUGCCAGCAGUGCCGGGAGCUGCUGCCGUCGGCGCGCUCGCUGCGCGCCCACCUGCGCUGCCACAGCCUGGGCGCCUUCCAGUGCCCGCUGUGCUCGCGGGUGCUGCCGGACCCCGCCGAGCUGCGCCGGCACCGCGCCGGCCACGCCGGCGACUCGCUCUUCCUGUGCCUGGACUGCGGCUCGGCGCUGGACACCGAGGCGGCGCUGCUGGCGCACCGCCGCUCGCACGGCGCCGAGCCGCUGCACCGCUGCGACUGCGGCAAAGCCUUCGCCAGCAUGACCAAGUUCCUGUACCACCGGCGCUCCCACGCCGCGCCCGGCGCGCUGCCGCUGCCGGAGCCGCCGGAGCCGGAGCCGGAGCCGCCGCUGGAGUGCGGGAUGUGCCCCAAAGCCUUCCCCAGCGCGGCGGCGCUGGCGCGGCACCGGCGCUUCGUGCACCGGCUGGAGCGGCGGCACCGCUGCGGCGCCUGCGGCAAGAUGUUCAAGAAGUCGUCGCACCUGCGCAACCACGCCCGGACGCACACGGGCGAGCGGCCCUUCCCCUGCCGCGAGUGCGGCAAGAGCUUCAACUCGCAGGCCAACCUGCUGCGGCACCACCUGACGCACACGGGCGAGCGGCCCCACGAGUGCCCCGAGUGCCACAAGCGCUUCGCCCAGAACUCCACGCUGCGGCAGCACCUGCAGGUGCACCUGCGGCGCUUCCCGCACCGCUGCGCCGAGUGCGGGCUGCGCUUCCACCGCCCGCACCGGCUGCUGCUGCACCGCGCCCACCACACCGGCGAGUACCCCUACAAGUGCCCGCAGUGCGGCCGCAGCUUCCUGCUGCGGCGCCUGCUGGACGUGCACCUGCUGGGCCACGCCGGCCGCGAGCCGCAGCGCUGCCAGGGCUGCGGCGCCGCCUUCGCCGGGGCGGCCGCGCUGCGCGAGCACCGCUGCGGCAAGGCCGGCUGGAGGUUCGAGUGCGGCGUCUGCGGGAAGAAGGCGGGGACGGCGGCCAGGCUGCGGCAGCACGAGAGGACGCACGGGGCGGCCGGCGGCGAGGAGGAGGAAGGAGGAGGAGGAGGAGGAGGAGGGGGGAAGGCGGUUCAAUCCCCGCGGGCGGCGCGGCGCGGCGCCAAGAACCUGGAGUGCGGCGAGUGCAAGAAGCUGUUCAGCACCGAGACGUCGCUGCAGGUGCACCGGCGCAUCCACACCGGCGAGCGGCCGUACCCCUGCCCCGACUGCGGCAAGGCCUUCCGGCAGUCCACGCACCUCAAGGACCACCGGCGGCUGCACACGGGCGAGCGGCCCUUCCGCUGCCAGGAGUGCGGCAAGAGCUUCGCCAUCGCCGUGCGGCUGGCCGAGCACCGGCGCAUCCACACCGGGGAGCGGCCCUACGGCUGCCAGGAGUGCGGCAAGGCCUACCGCUCCUUCUCCAACCUCUGGAAGCACCGCAAGAUGCACCGGGGGAAGGGCGGCGCCGAGGGGGAGGGGAAGGGCUCCAGGGCUGGGGCGGGGGUCCGUGGGGCGGGAUCGGGGGUUGGGAUCCCCCCGGAGACCCUCGGGGUGGGCUCGGGGUCAGAGAUCCCCCCGGAGACCCUCGCAGGGGGAUCGGGGGUUGGGAUCCCCCCGGAGACCCUCGCAGGGGGAUCGGGGGUUGGGAUCCCCCCGGAGACCCUCGCAGGGGGAUCGGGGGUUGGGAUCCCCCCGGAGACCCUCGCAGGGGGAUCGGGGGUUGGGAUCCCCCCGGAGACCCUCGCGGGGGGAUCGGGAGCUUCCGGCGAGGUUCUGGUGGUGGGAUCUGGGGUUGGGAUCCCCCAGGAGACCCUCGGAGUGGGAUCGGGGUCUGAGAUCCCCCCAGAGACCCUCGGGGUGGGCUCGGGGUCAGAGAUCCCCCCGGAGACCCUCGCAGGGGGAUCGGGGGUUGGGAUCCCCCCGGAGACCCUCGGGGUGGGCUCGGGGUCAGAGAUCCCCCCGGAGACCCUCGCAGGGGGAUCGGGGGUUGGGAUCCCCCCGGAGACCCUCGCAGGGGGAUCGGGGGUUGGGAUCCCCCCGGAGACCCUCGCGGGGGGAUCGGGAGCUUCCGGCGAGGUUCUGGUGGUGGGAUCUGGGGUUGGGAUCCCCCAGGAGACCCUCGGAGUGGGAUCGGGGUCUGAGAUCCCCCCAGAGACCCUCGGGGUGGGCUCGGGGUCCCCCAGCGAGGUUCUGGUGGUGGGAUCGGGGGUUGGGAUCCCCCCGGAGACCCUUGCAGGGGGCUCAGGAGCUUCCGGCGAGGUUCUGGUGGUGGGAUCGAGGUCAGAGAUCCCCCCGGAGACCCUCGGGGUGGGCUCGGGGUCUGAGAUCCAUGGGGUGGCCUCAGGGUCCUCUGGGGAGGUUCUGGUGGUGGGAUCGGGGCUUGGGAUCCCCCCGGAGACCCUCGGGGUGGGCUCGGGGUCUGAGAUCCAUGGGGUGGCCUCAGGGUCCUCUGGGGAGGUUCUGGUGGUGGGCUCGGGGUCUGAGAUCCCCCCAGAGACCCUCGGGGUGGGCUCGGGGUCCCCCAGCGAGGUUCUGGUGGUGGGAUCGGGGGUUGGGAUCCCCCCGGAGACCCUUGCAGGGGGCUCAGGAGCUUCCGGCGAGGUUCUGGUGGUGGGAUCGAGGUCAGAGAUCCCCCCGGAGACCCUCGGGGUGGGCUCGGGGUCUGAGAUCCAUGGGGUGGCCUCAGGGUCCUCUGGGGAGGUUCUGGUGGUGGGAUCGGGGGUUGGGAUCCCCCCGGAGACCCUCGGGGUGGGCUCGGGGGCCUCAGGGGAGGUCCUGGUGGUGGGGCAGGGGGCUUCAGUCCAUGGGGAGCCCCUCGGGGUGGGCUCGGGGUCGUCCAGCGAGGUUCUGGUGGUGGGCUCGGGCUCUGAGCUCCCCCCGGAGCCCCUCGGGGUGGGCUCGGGGGAGGUUCUGGUGGUGGGAUCGGGGUCCGAGACCCCCGGGCAGAGCCUGGCUGACGUCCUGGAGCCCCCCAAGGAGCCCCUCGGGGUGGGCUCGGGGUCUCCGGGAAUUCCAGAACCUUCCAAGGAGACGCCGGCAGGGGACUCGAGACCCCCGGGCCCCGAGGAGACCCCGGCCGGGAUUUUGGACCCCCAGACCCCCGGAGAGACCCCCAGGAUCAUCCCAGGGGACCCCCAGACCCCCGGAGAGACCCUCGGGAUCAUCCCAGGGGACCCCCAGACCCCCGGAGAGACCCUCGGGAUCAUCCCAGACCCCCCCAGGGACCCCCAGACCCCCGGGACCCCCCUCCCCACAGAGCCGGAGCCCCCCGAGUUGGGCCCGGAGCCCCCCGGGGACCCCCCGGCCUCUCCCGGGGGGGCUCAGCCCGCGGGACCCCCCUGA